AGCACACACUCAUUCAUAGCCACAUGCGCACCUUUAACUCUGUGGGAUCACAGGUCUCCUCUGGGCUUCUGGUUGUACAUCAGUGUAUAAACGCAGAUAUACCAGCAUGACUGCUUCUUUCUGUGUCUUUGUGUGCGUCGGGGUAGAAAUAGGCCAGUCCCAUUUUAGUCACUGAGAUUAGGAAAGGGUGUUUUCGGGACUCAAGUGUCAGGGUUUGAUGAAGAGCUAAAAAUUACCAUGCAUCUCAUCUCUGAAUGCCAUAUAAACAGAUAGAUUUGAGUUUCAUGAGUAAAAUGUUUUAUUUUCUGAAUGAAGCUGCAGUGAAAUUAUUUUACUCUUUGGAACAUUUUGCUACAUGAGUAGAUUAAAAAAAAAUCCAAAUGCUUAAAUCAGUGACCUCACUUAAUCUAGCAGACAGUUUCAUGGUUCAUUCUUAACUGGAGCAUUUUUCUGCAAUUGUUUAAAACCUUAAAAGCAAUUUGAAAUUAGGGAUCAAGUCAUCAUAAAUAUUGCUGAAUGAGAUUGAAUUACAUUGGCAGACAAGCUGGAUCGUAAUUUUUUAAAAUUAAGUUUGGUCCUAACGUGAGUCCCUUAUUUUUUGUCAAUCAGAACAUUACAAUAUAUGAGAGCUGAAAUGCCCUGAAGGUACAUAUCUAUUUCGCAUUAUUUCCCUGUAAAUAUAACUUAAGUAAAUGUUUGCAUCAGCAAAUAUCAUAAAAGCAGCCAUAACAGAAGCUGGCAACAUUGUGUUUGAUUGGUUCAUGGUUAAAGCAUCAGAUUUUUAAAUGGUGUUUGGCCCAGUCAGGUACGAGAAAAAUCGUCUUUUUUAAGUUUACAAAGAUCUCACUGUAGCUUAAAAAUAUGUAAACAUCAUAUAUGCAGACGGUGCUGCAUUUCAGUGGUCUGCAUUUAAAAAUUUUAAAAACUUUUGGAUCUUAUUUGAAGAGUUUUAAAAUGAGUGUGGAUUAUGAAUUAAUACAUGUAAAAAGUGUUAAAGUCACUAUGGUCUUGGAGUUAAAUGUGUUUUGCUGCUCCUGACUAAUCUUGUAAAUGUAGUUUUAAAAAAAGAACCCUUUAAAAUCUAUGCAAAUUAAGCUGUUUCCAGUGCUCAGUGCGUCUGUUUGACUGUGUUUUGGUCCGUCGCUGCGUGUGUCCAUGUGAGCAUAGAUAGAAAGCAGGUCCCUUCUGUGUAUCACUCGUCUAUUUAUAGUGAGAACAAAUCCCAGAUAUGAGAGGAAUCCUCCUACCACUUACAAGGCAAAGAGAGAGAGUUAGUGAGUGUGAAAGAGGGAGAGGGAGAAGGAGAGAAAAGAAAGGAAGAGAAAGAGAUGGAGAGAAGACAGGCAAAUAGUGCGUGAGGAGUCAAAUAAACAAGAGCAGUGGGUGUAAAAAAGCAAGCAUCAGAAGAAAGAGUUGUUUCAUCGACUGGUCAGCGGACUCACCAGGUGGAUUAUGUCCAAACCUUCGACCAACGUUAAGGCCCUUCAGGCUAAUUUGAACAUCCCGAUGGGAGCUCUGCGUCCAGGGGCGGGACUUCCUGUCAAGAGGAGAGAGGACACAGUAGAAACAGAAGAGGAUCCUUCACCUCCAAGCGCUGCAGCCCAGUCACCAGAGGAGAAGAAAUUGCCAGGAGCAGUGAAGCUACCUGGGCCUGCUGUUAACCUUUCAGAGAUACAAAACGCCAAGAGUGAACUACGAUGGGUCACCAAGGAGUAACAUGAUUCUCCAGCCAGGCGGAGAGGAAAGCAGAUAAUCUUCAUAGACACAGACUUGCCCACUGACUCUGAAGAAUGGCAAAAUACAACCCCAAUCCCAACAUGUUUGGAGAUACUAAUGCCUCAGUUUUUAUAAACUCUCCUCCAAUCAGUAGUUUAACAGAAAUAUUUAUUUAUCUUUCCAAUUAAAUCAUAAUUUAUACAACAAUUUCAAAUAUUCUUGACAGUCUUGCUUCAGAUAAUAUAUCAUUUACCUGGACUUUUAGAAGUGAGUGACUUGUGUUACAAUUACAACAUACUGUUUAGCAUAUUAUCUGCUUUUCUGUUAAGUAGAUGGUUAAAAAGGACAUUUUAUUGACAAUGAAUAUAAAUUCGAGGAAUCCAUCUCAGCAACAAAUAAACUCUGUGGCGACACUUCAGCUGUUCACCACUGAUUUAUAUUGAUACUUUAUAUUGAUACAAUAAUAAAUGUUUCCUUUGCUAAUGUUGUAUGUGGGGUUUAAGGUCAGCUGUACUGCUUUUGGGGAGAAAUAAUCAUACGUUUGUUGUUUAUUGUGAUGUUUCCCAAAAUGUCUUGAAAAAACACUGCAAUAAAUCAAAAAGGUUCUAAAAAUCCUGUCCAAACUCGGUUUAUCACUUAUGCCUCCAUCUGUUAUAGCAAAAGACAACAGGAGUGCAAGUGUCUUAAUAUUACUGAUAGAUGCCGACGCUACAGUAUUGUUUGGGUUGUUUGUAAUGUUAACCGACUGUGUAAUAAGAAAUGAGAUUUCUAAAGACCUACAAGCUGGAUAAAUGAAAAAAAGGGUAAUUUUAGCCCAUUGCUGAGUGGGUUUAGGCCAAUAUGUCAUGUCCUAAUAUAGACUUUGAGAGUAUAAAUGUAAUGUGACUGUUAAAAUGGUGAGGCGCAACCAUGUAUCAUACACAACUAAAGUUUUAUGGAUAUAAAUUUAAUGUUACUGUGAUGAAAUAAAAAAAUUAUGACACUUUUAUGAAGUGUUUUAAGUGCAUAGAAAAACCACCAGAUCAUUUUAGCGUGUUUGCUAGUGACACAUAAAGUGUGUCAGGAAGGGGGGAUUUGGGGUUUAAGUUGAAAUAAGGGGCUUUAUGAUCAUGUUAGGACUUUCUGGGUGUUUGAUAAUUUAGCUAUGAUAAAACUUACUCAUAAGUAAUUGCUUUUAUGCUUAAACUUAAUUGAUUGAAAAUGCUUGUUUUGUUUUCUCUUUGAUUUUUUUUUUAGUAGAAUAAGUGAAAGGUGACAGAGUGUAGUAAAAGGUCAAUGUAAAAACAAAAUGCUUGCAGAGACAGAUAACAGGACGUUAAGACAGUUUGCUUGGAAACUUUGCACUUGCAAAAUAACAGUUUUUUUUUGUACAGGAUGUUUGUGAUCAGAUAAGAGAAGAAGAGAGCUUCUUAAAAGGGUGUCAAAAGUGCUGUUUACCAAAGUGAAUAACAUUGAAGAUUAUAUAUGUAUAAAUGAUUGUUUAUAAACACAUUGCAAUCGUGCUCAUAGGAGUUUCUACUCAGUCAUGUGGAGGUCAAAAGCUUAUAGGAAUGGCUUAGAGUACGGAGGGGUAAAUGCAAAAACACGCUUACACACAUAAAUAAUAAUUAGGCUAAUUCUUUUGAUUAGAGAGUCCCGAACAUGAUAGGUUGAACCAAGUUUGAAGAAUUAAGAGAACAAUUGAUCGACAUAAUAGGUUAUGGAGGCGUAGCAGGGAAUGAAGGAAGCGCGAGACCGUAGGGAACCAAUCACAGAAAGGGGGACCCCAAAAGAAGCACAGAGCACAGAGAACCACAGUUCCAGAAAAAAAGAAAUAUUUUUAUUGACUUGCUGGUUUUUAUUGGUUAACCAUUAAUAACCUCGUAAUCUUGAUGACCUUUGUUAUCCUAUUUUGAAAUGUUUCUUUUGUAUGUUCACUUUGUAACUGCUGAUUUGCCUUGUCCAUGUGCGUAUGUCACCUUAGCACUUGACAUUAGUCUUGCGACUUUGGCCUUUAGAAGAAAAUAUCAUCUUCCUGGUGGAGUUGACAGCUUGUGUAUAUUCACUAACAAAGACUGCCUAAGCACACCGACAGGACAUGACAGUAGUUUUCAGGGUGACAUAUUUAAAAUGGAUUAUAUCCUGGCUGAGACUUCUGGUCUUUUCAUGUGGGUGUCAGGAGAUUGGCAGUAAACAGAGUGUGACACUGAUUUUAAAAAGAAAUAGUCUGCUCAACCUGAAACUCUGACAAAACCAAAUUAAAACUUCCCGUUUACUGUGAUGGAAAAUGUAGCCUGGAGUGUUGUUUUCACAUUACUUGCAGCGCCUGAAGGGGGGGGAAUGAACUCUGGUAUCUCCAGCUGUAAUUAUUUUUGAAUUAUGUGCAUAUGUAAUAGGAAUUUUUAGGGGGUUUAGGUAGAACUCAGGAGCACGACAAUGCAGACUCACUUUAAUCAUGACCUAAACCUUCAAAUCCUACAGUUUGAAUGGGCCACAUACCACUGCAUUUCACUACAUAUCCAUCCUGACAUCACUGUGCCCUAUUGAAGACAGAUAAAUACACACACAGCAGCUGUAGCUAAGUUUAGCUUCCAUCGGGUCACGGUGGAAUAUUCAGAAACAGUGGUGUAGAUUUAACCACCAUAUGGGAGAAUCUGACACUAUGUGGGAAAGAUUAAAAAUACUUUGUAGCUUCAAAAAAACAAAAAAAAAGGAAAAAAAGGUGUGAGUCUGUUUUUUUUUCUCUUUGUGAGUAGCCCGUGUGCUGAAUUUUGAACUGGUGUAACCCUUCCAUAAAACAAACACACCAACGCAGACAAAUACACACUCACCUCAGAGCGUGAGCCAGCAUCUAUUCAGAGACAGCAAUCAUAACUCAGAGCAAAACGUACCCUGCAAGAUCUUGUAAAGUGUUCAAUAACGUGCUGUUUGCAUACUGAUGUGCAUUUGUUUGUGUAUUAGACAAAGAGUGGCACCGCGGAGUAUAGCUCAGCAUUAAUGAGAUGACAGUAAACACAUUAGUUAACUUGUAGCCUGAUGCUUCAUUAUCUCUCUAUUCUUUACGCUCACCAUCGCCUCCUAUCUCUGCAUAAAAAUAAUAUCAUGACAUCCAUCUGUGUGAUAUUGACAGACUGCAGGUCAUAAAAAGGUUAAAUGCCUCCCAAAAGGGCACGGAUAACUCUAAUACCAAAAGUCAUGAAGUACUUGUGACACUUGACAAAUCUUUGACAGCCUGGCAAAACUUCCGCAGGUUUGAUAUCUACCUCGCGCCGCAUCUGCCGAGUUGUGUCUGUGCUACUAUUCCUGUCACCAUGAGAGUGCAGAUUGGUGGCAUGCCCUGGAAUCUUGGUCCCAGACUGUAGCAGCUGUAUUUACCAAUGAGUUCAUCCACUGGGUUAGACACUAAAGCCCUGCCAGGCUCCCUCUUGGUCUCUUUGGGUGUGGGGUCAGGGUGUUUAUCCAUGCAUCUCCAUGCUCGCUGGUUGGUUGGUGUGUAUGAUUCAUGGGUGAUACUCCCUCUUGGAAACGGAGAAAAGGGCAGCAGACAAACUCAAAACCAACAGAGCCGGGGUAUCAGGGCAAGAGACAUGAGGGCUUUGGGAUGGUUCAUGUUAAAGUGCCAAAAAGGGGGCGGGCUGUAGCAUUGUCUGUGUUUGCAGGGGGCCAUUAUUAACCUCCGCAUCAUGGUGUCACAUGCUCUCUGCUGAAGGCAGAGAAGGACAAACACACAGAUGGAGAAAGCUUGCCAAAGGAGACUCACUCUUUCCUGCGCCUCUCAUUUCCUGCUUCUUGCUCUCCGACUAAUAUCCAAUUCUUUUUACACUUUUUUGGUGCCGGCUUGUCAGCAACCUCUUUUUUUGACUUCACUCUUCAGCUUUUCCUGUGCUUGCUGUGUUUAAUGUUUCUUCACCGUUGCUUCCUGGCUCCUUGCUGACAAAUCUUUUUUCCUUUAACUUGCUUUCACUUUUUUCAAAAGUUUCCUUAUCUUCCUUCCAUCAUUUCCACUCUCUUGUCUGCCGUCUUUUGGAUGGAUAGCUACUCUGUCCUCUACAGUUCUUCCCACAGAACCGGACUUCUCUCUGGCUUCCAGCGCCUUCGCUCACAGAGGAAGAUGUGUGAUGUUGUCUUACAGGCUGGCGGCAUAUCUUUUCCCUGUCAUCGCGCCCUUCUAGCCAGCUCCAGUGACUAUUUUUGGGCCCUGUUUGGAGAGACUACUGCAGAGAGAUUAGCAGGCUCCAUUAGCCUCCCUGCGCUAACACCAGAGGGCUUAGAUGCCAUUCUGGACUUCCUGUAUUCAGGUUGGCUCAGCAUCUCACCCUCCACACUUCCUGUUGUCCUGGAAACAGGCAGGUACUUGCAGGUGGAAACAGCUGUGGCGAUAUGCGAGCGUUACAUGACUGAUGGUUUAAAUGCCAAGAACUGCUGUGACUAUGCUAACCUGGCUGAGCGCCACGCCCUCUCAAAUGCACUUGAGGCUGCCAAUCAAACCAUUGCCAUGGAGAUGGGAAGCUUGAUACAAGAAAGCAGGGACGAUCUCCUGACGUUGAAUAUCGAAUCACUGUUGGCGGUUCUGGAUGCUGAUGAGAUACCUAGUGUUAAGGAGGUGGAGCUCAUAAAGCUGGUUCUGGAUUGGCUGGAUGAUAACGGGCCCCUCCCACUCCUGAAAUCAAAUCUUUUGUUGAGUCGUUUGCGCUUUGGAUUGGUCCCCCCGUCUGACCUCACAAAUAUCAGCCAUGCCCACAGAGCCAUGGCCACACCUUUAAUAAGGAGCCAGCUGACACGAGCAUCCGAGUACCACAGGCUCGGUUCAACUCAGCCCAUCAGGCAGAGCCGGCAGACAACGCUUAGAGCAUCACCCAAUUGCGUGCUUCUUGUGGGUGGUGGGUCCAGCACUGAUUGGCCAGAAAAGCAGGUGAUGGCGUUCGAUCCAAAGAGGAGGAGGUUUUCAUCUUUGACUUGUGUUCUUCCGCUGAGACUGAGAAAUCCCUGCGUAUGCUCAGUGGGAGGUUUCCUCUUUGUGAUUGGAGGAGAUGAAGUGAAAGAGGGAGAUGAAGAUGAGAAAAGGCUUGUUACUGUAGCAACAUCCAAUCAGGUGUGGCGGUACGAUCCUCGCUUUAGUUGCUGGGAGCAGGUGGAGUCCAUGCUGGACAGGAGAGCACAGUUCACUUGCUGCGUGGUAGAGGAUGUUAUUUAUGCUUUGGGCGGACGACACACACGACCAGACACCAACACACAUGCCUCUGUAGCUUCUGUGGAGUUUUAUGAUAUGGCCACAGGAGCAUGGAGGAAAGGGCCACCAAUGCCUCAGACACUUUACGGCCACGCCUCUGCUGUGCUUGACAACAGCAUCUAUGUGUCAGGUGGUGUUCCGGGUAACUAUAGUUACACUCAGGAUGAAAGCAGGGAGAGCAGCAGAGAGGUCUUCUUCUGGGAUCUUAAAGGCAGAGUCUGGGAAAAGAGGGCAUCCAUGUCCAUCGCCAGGUUCAGUCAUCGCUUGGCAACUGCUCAUGGCUACAUCUAUGCACUGCUGGGGAUGUACGAACCCUUCUGUGAUAUUGAACGAUACCAUCCACAGUCAGAUCACUGGAUGCGACUCAAGCCGCUUCUCACUGGCUCCUUCAACUACGGCAUGGUAUCCAUAUCAUCUGGGAAUCUUCUGGUUUUCGGAGGGAGAAGGUGGAGUAACGGGCAGGAGGUGGUUGUGAAGAGUGUGCUGGAGUAUGAUACAAAGAAAGAUUGCUGGAGAGAGAUCUGCCAGCUUCCCAGACCUCUCACUGGGACUGAGUGUACGCUGCUGCCUCUGCCAGACUAAAGAGCACAAAAAGUGAGAAAUGUAUUUUACAAGUGCUGAGAGCCAGUUCCUAAAGUGAGAAUUUCACUUUGAGUGGGUGUAAUAUGGUAUCAAAAUGCUGAGCAAAUGCUUUAAAAUCAACCACAAUGUAGUAGAUUUUACCCCCAUUUUCCCCAGGCUGUUCAAACUCUAGGUUUUGGGUACUAAAACACAGAAAUAAGGAUAUUGCUCAUAGUUGAGCAAUAGUCUUUGGGGCCUGUGCGGGAAACUAGGUUGGGGAACAUGAAAUGUUUACUACCUUGCAGCCCUUAACAACUUCCUCAGUUGUAAUACUUUUAUUUUUUAAUAUUAUUUCUGGUCUUUCUGGUCUAGGGAAAAAUAUCAAACAACUAGUUUUCUCCUACUAACAGCUAGCCUAAGGCGUGUUGUCUACACUUAUUUGCAUUUGACACAUGAAGGUGUACAGCAACAAAGCAGUUUGGUUAGCUUAGCAUAAGGCACACAGCCAAACACAGUAUAUAAUUUUUAACACUUUUAUGUCUACAUUGAUUAAAGAUGUACCCUAAGGUUUUAUUUAAUUCAUUUUAAGCUAGCUGUUUUUUCUGUUUCCAGUAUUUAUGUUAGGCUAGGCUAGGCUAACUUUCUUCAAGAUAAUCCAAAUAUUUCUGAUCUAGAGUUAUAUAAAAAUCCCAAACAAAGCUCAUAUCUUUUUCCUUAACCCUAAAGGUUUUAAAUAUUUUGUGUAAUAGGUGGAUAAAGGCUUUUCUCUGGUUUCAUUCUUUAAGAAACCUAGCAACUACUAUUUUGUAAGAAUUAUUUGUAAUGUCUGAACGGAUACACUCACCAAAGACUUUUUUAGAAACACCUUUCUAAUACUGGGUUUGGAUUCCUUCUGCCUUCAUAACGUUAUUCUUCAUGGCAUAGAUUCAACAAGGUGUUGGAAACAUUCCUCAGAGAUUUUGGUCUAUAUUGACAUGAUAGCGUCAUAAAGUUGCUGCAUAUCUGUUGGGUUCAGGUCCAUGAUGCUAUAAUUGACUGAUUAGGUAUUGCAAUAACAUAACAUUUGAACACUUGAAAAAGUGGCAAGUGAGUGUAUAAUCUUCAUAAACCCCUAUUUUUUUAUGACAAACAAAAGGCUAAUGCUGGUUAGCCAUAGCAAUGCUAGCUGAUGUCCCUAUCCCAGCUUUUAUGGUAAAUUAUUGUUUGCUGCUGCUUAGUUCAACACUUGUAGAUUUUCCAGGAAGAUAUAUGAGAAGACCAAUAAAUAUCUGUGUGCGUGUGCGCCCGCGCCCACACGUGCAUGCAUUUAUGUGUUUGUGUUAAAGAUGAAGCUAGUGCCAGUAAAACUAAGCUUAUAUUAGUUUAACAGAAACUUUAACAUAACCUUUAAAAACAAAUAUGAUAUUUAGAGGGGUUUUUUUUUUUAUUAACCAAAGUGACUGUUUUUUUAUUUUAUUUACAAAUUUAUUUUAAUUUAAUUUAUUUAUUUAUUAGGUUCGGUUCUAAUCCUGCUGUCAAGUAUUUAUUUAACAUUAAACAUUGCACCAUAGAUUAGAAAACUGAUGAGUUACAUGUGUAAGCUAUUUAUGACCAGCAGUAUCAAGGGACACAGUUGGCGGGGAGCACACUGAGUAACCUCUAAUGUUUAAGUGUAUGAAGUGUAAAGUUUCAGAGCUCUAAUAUGUGUCUGUCAGUUUAGAAACAAACAGCAACACCGAGGGCAAACUGAGCAGUAACACCAAUAUAUUACUGGCCACUUGUGGGGAUCAAAUCAUAUAAUUAACAAUUUCUGUAGCUUUAGACUCACUAAUCUUAUUUACAGCAGGAGCAAUGUUGUGUUUUACUGUAUAUAAUCUAUGUUCUUUAUAGAUCCUUAUCAUAUUGUCUCUGUUUGGAAUAGCUGGUCAAUUUUGUGCAGUCAAAUAUCAAAUGGCCCUUUUAUGUGAGCUAACACUAAGAAACCUUGGCUCUGUUGAACUUGGCUAUGUUAAACUUCUCAAACCAGAGCUCUUUUUGCCUUCUACAGUGGCUCUCUGAGUGUGUGUAUAUGAAUAUGAAUAUGAAAAUUGUGUUUAAAAGUUAAAAACAAUUAACCUUAGUUAAGUUUUAAUCUUCUGUUAACUAAAAAGUACAUCGCACCCAACAUCUAUCACCUGGCUUAUCAUUUUACUUUAACUCAACCUCAAUAG